CCAGAAGUUUCGCAAAAAUUCUGCGUAGUGUGAAUCAUUGUUUUCAAUUGGUCCACCCAUAUCAAAACACCCCAAUUGAGUGGAAUUAAUCGCGAAAAUGGCCCUCACAAACGUCCUAUUGUUGUCCCAAAUUGCCGGAAAUGCCGUGGCGUUCGUCCUGUCUCUGUGCAUUCUCGCGCCACUGAGCCUCCACGUCCAUGAAUUCAACGGAAAAUGUCUCCUCUUCGCGCGCGGAACUUGGGGAGAGGAAGACGGACUGUUCAAUGUCACCUGGCCAUCACCCAUCAACUGCAGCUUCCCUAUCGCCACGGCUAUUGUGCUGUUCAUCGUCUCAAUCAUCCAGAUCUACCGCUUCGCUCGGCUGUCCAUCAAGCAAGAGGAGGCGAGCUUCUUGGGACUCUUUCUGGACGUCUUCUUUGGCUUCAUUCUAUCCUUGAUGACCAUCGUCUCGGCGAUGAUAAUCACCAUUGGCUUCAUGGAUUGGUGCUCAGAUAUCACACAAAGAUUCCCAUCGUGCGAAAAUGCCGCUGGACAGAGUAUCAUGAAAGAGGAUCAGAAGAUCGACACUUCGGGCUUCUACAUUCAAAUGGGAACCGCACAAUUUGGAGCCUGGGGCGCUUUUGCCACUUGCGUGGUGAUCUCCGUGGCGGCGCUGCUGAAGCUAAUCAACAAUCACGAGAUGACCAACAUGAGAGUGUCCAUGUACCUCGAGAGGCAACGCCUGGUCAACGAAGACGCCUCCAGGGAGAGUCUAGACGCGCCGGGAGACUUCUCUCACUAAGUCUCCCUCCCCAAGCGAAUUUCCUUCUUGUGAUUAUUGCGGAUAUUUUUUCCAAAUUAUAUUUCUACUCUAAUUUAUUGGACAGAAAUCACCGAGAGCGAUGAUAAUAAGAUGAUUUCUUUAUGAUUAAGGCAAUGUCUUUACUGAUCACAAAUGUUG